AUGAAGUACGAGCGGGAAUUGCAGAAGGGGGGGUGGGACAUUGUUUGGGGAGAUUUGAUUAAUGAAGGAGAUCUCCUUACAUUUCUUAUUUCGAUACCCACAGGAACUGUGGGAGGCUGGGUUACUCAGCAGGUCCAGGCUCAGUUGCAGAAGUUUUCUCAGAGUCUGGGUGAUGUCUCUGAUGAUGUUGUUGAACAAGCGACUACUUAUCUGGAAAACCUGAUGAAGGGACGCGGUUCUGGAGAAGCGGAUAUUCAUGGAUUGGGAGUUAAAGGAGGCUUCGCUACUUACAACCGCCAUAUGGACUAUUAUCUCUGGGGCAGGAAGGUUGGCAGUCAUGCUCUGCCAAACAACCAUCAACCGUACAUUGCUGUACGUGUUACCAAACCUCUACCUCCAAAAUAG